CCAUCCCUCAUUCCCCCUUUUAGUCUCGGCUGCCUUACCGAACUCACAUAAGCCCCUUGAACUCAAGCAUGACUAUUCCACAAGUGAGCAGAGCUUUGCAUCACACACUGCUCAGCAUCUCCAUGCCAUCGUAACCCAAGUUAUAAGGGCUCCUUGGUCCUCCCCGACCAACUUCCUCCCCAGAAUCUCCUUCGUACACGCUCCCACUCCAACGGGUGCCCUGGGCGCCUCACAAAUUCCAACACAAUGAGGGCCUGCCUCCUCGUCCCUUCUCGCGCCAAUGAACUCCACCGCUCAUUACCUCCCCGCGCCAAAGAGCUUCACCCUCGGUUCCUCCCAACACCCCCACCGCCCAAGAAGCCUUUCUGGCGCCGCUCUUCCGAAAAUGCGCGCAAGAAAUCCAAUACUCCAACGGUUGACUCUGGUGUCGCCGACUUGUCCACCUCUUCAUCUCCAAUCCAUCGUGUUCCUCCCCCUGAAAAUGAAGGAAUCGCCGAUCUCAACGCCAUUGCUGAAACCUCCAAUCCCGGCGCUGAGAGACUUCCCAGAUAUACAGGGGAACACAACUCCCAGCAAGUCACAGUCUCAUACAGAGACGUAACCGAGUUCUGGUCCGGCAACGCUUAUAUCAGCGACGAUGAGAACUCCUCCAAUCCUGCGUACAAGGACCAAGUCAUCCGAGAGACCCUGGGCGAACGGUUGAGAGACCGAUUCCAAGACUUUCGCGAGCGCAACAGCUUCUUUGUCAAACGUGACAAGAAGAGAGGCAAAAACUUGCUUUUGUGAAGGUCAAGGCGCGUAUGAGUCCCUAACGCGACAAGUGGAACAGAGCUGAUGCUUAGAAGAGGAGAAUCUGUGAAAUGAUGGAAGGCGUUAAAAGGCGGUGAGAACAGGAGAGGAAGGAGAAGAAUGUGAGGGCGAACACUUGAGUGAUUGUCACUUUAGCUAGAAGUUUUCGAGUUCAGAGGAGUGUUAUGGCGUUG